UUCGGUUAGUCUCGAUAAUUCAAUCGCCCUGCAAAGACGUUCAACGUCGCUGCCAACUCAACUGCGGACAAAACAGCGUCUCUCCCUCUCUCUCUCUCUCGCUCGCUCUCUUUCUCUCUCUCUCUCUCACUCACUCUGUUGUGUCGCCGUGUGUGUGUGCAGUUCGCAUUUACCGUUACGCGUGCAACAUUUGCAAAAUCAGGUGGCAACGCCGCAAAGUAUAUUUAAUAACAAAAUAAAAACAAAAAAACUCAUCGCUCAUACGUGACAAUUGCCGCAAAUUGUUGUUGUUUUUGCCAAAGCGGAAACGGAAGUGUCCGCUAAUAUUAAUGCAAGUGUAAAUGUGUGCUUUUGUGUCUGUUGUUAUUGUUAUUUAACACAACGAACGACCGAACGCGUUAAAUUUAAAAUUCCUGGCGAAAUAUUCUCGCCAAAAGUUGUGACAAAAAUUAUCGCAAAAAAUUGUUUAGAAAAAAUAUGAGCUAAGCGCAAAAAUCGUUUAACAAUUGCACUUCCCAAUAAAUGACGCCCACUUUGCCACGCCCACAGUUUGCAGUAUAAGCUCAAUGUCAGCGAAAACAAGCCACAUUGCCAGACUGUUCAAAUUUGAGGUGCAGUUAACGGGACGAAUUAUUAGUUUGCUGCUCAGCUGGCAGUAAAUGGGUUAAAAUUAUGUACAUUAAUCGCCGAAUGAAUGUCGAAUCAGUUGAAAAGACUGCUCUUUUUUAUUGUGGUGAUUUCAGGUGCAUUAUGUACAGUAGAAGAUUACGUAAUAAUGUCACAGUGUGCACACAACAAAGCCAUACACCUAGCUGCGGAAGGAACAGUCUCAGUGACAGACAUUUCACAGAUACAAAAUAUAACGAUAGUCGGCCUCCCGGACUAUGUGAACAACGAAUUCAAAAUAGCACUGUUCGCAAAAGAAACGCAAAGAUAUUUGUGUUUCAACGACAACUGGAGAUUAGUUGGCAUGAAGGAACUGCGCGCUACCUGCUACUUCAACGAGACCAUCGUGCACGGUUAUUUCGUGUUCCGUUCCGUAGUCGAUCUGAAGCGACGUGUCGGGUUCACGCACCGAGGUAAGCCUGUGGGGCCCAAGAAGAGCGUCAACGAUGCCUGCUACAUGUUCAAUAAGAUCGAUGCCGAGCAGUUUUUCCAUCAGCACACGUUACCAAAAUGGCGCGAGACGGCCGCAAUGAUGGCCAACAGCAGCAGCAAUCACAGCGGCAGCAGCAAUCACAGCAGCAACUAUCGCAAAGUCUCGCGCAACAAAAACAAUCGCCACAAAUCGAAUAACCAAAAUCAAAAGUUGCAACAGCAACAUGCGCAUCAUGGCCAUAAUAGUAGUAGUAGUCUAAGUAGCACUAACAAACAAAAACAACAACAAUUAGCAUUAGUACGAAAACAACAACAGCAACAGCAACAGCAACGGCAGCAACAUCAGGUGCGACAUCAUCACAAUGAUCCCUCAAUGCUGGCGCGGCGACAGCAGCGACGCAAACAGCAGCAACAGCAACAACGAGUCACAGCUAGUCCAACGAAACAAACAACUGCCAAAAGUGCAACAACAACAGCAGCAACAGCAGCAACAGCAACAACAGCAGCAACAACCAAAACGUCGACAACAACACUUGCCAGCAAGCGCAAGGGUAGACGAAGAAAGGCGCGCAAGCAAAAGCAGCAUCAACAACAGCAGCAGCAACAGAAACAACAAGAGCUGCAACAAUUGCAACUGCUCUCCACAGCAGCAACACUCGAUGACAGCACGGACGACACAUUCGCCGGCAGCAGCAGCAGCUUUUCCACUGGCUACGACGAUGCCUACAGCAGCAGCAGCAGUAGCAGCAGCAGCGAGCCCUGGUCCACUUGGUUUGCCACGCCCACAGCUACAAUUGAUAGCUUUACGCCAGAUGCGAGCAGCAGCAGCACGAGCGUCAGCAACAUGUUGCUAACAACAACAGCAGAAGACAGUAUUAAACCGUACAGCAGCAGCAGCAGCAGCAGCAACUAUGAUGCCUGGUCCACAUUUAUCACCGAGCUGGAAACCGAAGCAUCAGCAGCAACAACAACAUCAGAAGCAGCAGCGGCAACAACAACAACAAGCAGCGGCAAUGACACCGAAUUGUUACAGUACGAGGCGGAGCUGGUUGAAGAUGAGGAAAAUGAGCUGCAGACCACGGAUAACUAUGAAACCAAAGUAACAGCAACAGCAGCAGCUGCAACAGCAACUAGCAGCCAAGUGGCUAAAACUACCUCGACAACAGCAGCAACAAGAACAACUACAACCACAGCAACAGCAGCAGCGGCAGCAGCCGGCACACAAUUGGUGCUGGAACAGACGCCGCUGGCAGCAACACUGGCCACGCUAAUGUACAACAAAUGGCACACAACGCAACAGCAUGGGGCAGAGGCAGCUGCAGGCAACACGACAGCAACAGCAGCAGCAGCCGCAACUGGAGCAACAGCAGCGGCAACAGCGACUGAUUUGGCGCAGAGCACGCAUAAGCUCAGCAGGCAUCGCAACAGCAGCAACGGCAGCCCUAACGAGCAGCAGCAACAGUUGCUGCGGGACAACAACAGCAAGCAGCAGCAACAGCAGCAACAACAGCUACAAAAACUGUUGCGCCCGGCAACAGUUGAUCCAACAACCAGCACGCGAUUGCUAACGCCGCCAGCAACAGCAGCCAGUAGUGCAGCAGCAACGAGCACGGUAACAGCAGCGGCAGCAGCAGCAGCAGCUGUUGCUGUUGUUACCACACCGCAGCAACAUAUUGCAGACAAGCUGUUCAGUGUUUACAAGAACAUCAACAGCAAUCUGAACAACAUGCUAACCGAGACGGCACCAACAGCGACAACAGCAACAACAACAACAGCUGCUACGACAGCUGCAACAACAACCACAAAGAAAUGGCUGCGCAAAUCUACACAAAAACUACUAGCCACGCCCUAUCAUCAGCUGACCUAUGUGCGCAAUGAGGCGGGCGACAUAGACAUUGAUAAUCUGGACAAUAUUAGCGUAUAUCCCGAUGUCUUCGAGGAUAUCUUAAAUGACAACGACAACAGCAGCAACAGUACUAACAACACCAGCAGCAAUAAUCCGAGCAGCAGCAACAGUCGUCUGACCUUUGUCAGUGGCUUUCUGGCCACAUCGCCCACGUCCGUGUUGCCCGAAUCCAUACGCAUAGCCAAGAUCAAGAUCAACAAUGAGCGCCGUCGACUGCAGCAGCGAGGUCAGCGGCGACUGCGCAAUUUCGCGUAGUAAACGAAGCAGCAGCUGGUCAGCGGGGUCAGGAUCAGGUUCAGAUUUAGGGUCAGGGUCGGGGGUUUUGGACAAUCGGUAAAUGGCAGCACGGUUUGCGGGCGCAACAAGUUGGCUUUGACAAUUUAGUCGAGUUAUAUAUACAAACAUAUUUAUAUAUAUACCUAUACUCAGUACAGUUUUUCGAUGAGUUUUAAUUUAAAUGGCAAAGAAUUUAUACGUGCAAAAGCAAAUGAUUGUAAACAAGUGAAGGUAAAUUCAAGCAAAAUUUAUGCAUUAAACAAAUAUAUAUAA